UAACAGUGAUGACAUAUUUCCAUUGAUUUGUACAAGUCGAUACCAGUCGAUUCGUUGCUGAAGUUUGUUUAUACCGUAGCCAACGUCCGCUAAAAUACAGGUUUAAAAAAAUGCAUUUUAAAGUCCGCGCUGCAGCAAAAGAGGAUUGUAAGGAAAUAUCUAGAAUGAUUAUGGAGUUGGCUGUGUAUGAGAACAUGCCAGACCAGGUGAAGACUUCUCAUGAAGACUUGGAGCGUGAUGGGUUCUCUCCAAACCCCUUCUAUGAAUGCCUGGUCGCUGAAGUGCCAGAUGAACACAAGACCAAAGAUGGGUACACCGUCGUUGGGUACGCCCUUUACUUCUACACCUACAGCACAUGGAAAGGGCGGUCAGUGUACAUGGAGGACCUCUAUGUAAUGCCUGACUUCAGAGGAAAAGGCAUCGGAACGGGACUGAUGGCCAAAGUAGCUCAGGUAGGGGUGGAGAAGCAGUGUGUGCGGCUGCAGUUUUCUGUCCUAGAAUGGAACAAACCAUCACUAGAUUUCUACAUUGCCAAAGGUGCCGAGGACCUGACUGCCAAAGAAGGUUGGCACUUCUUACGGUUUCAUGGACAAACCCUGGACACAUUAGCUAAGGAAGCACCUAAAGAUUAGAUUUUAUAGGCCUGGGUCUAGUUUGGUUCCGCCCAUAACAUCACACAGUGGGCAGGUUCAUUUUGCGUUGGUAGGUGGGUGGAAUGGAAAUUCCGCUCAGCCGGGGCCCUGGGCGAUGCAAAACAAACUCUCCCAGUCAUCCUUUAUGUUUAAUGUGCAUUUAAAUAUAGUCAAACAUUAUUACAUUUUUAUACAUAUAUAUAUAACGUUUGGACACACCUACUCAUUCAAGCGGUCAUCAAGGCAAACAGUGAAUACUUAAAAUGUAUUUUGAUUUGUUUAACACUUUUUGGGUUACUACAUACUACAUUGGUGUCUUCACUAUUCUGCAAUGUAGAAAAUAGUCCAAAUAAAGAAAGAUCCUGUAAUGAGUGGUACUGUAUGUGUAUAAAUAUCAUUUGUUUAGGUUGAUGUGUCCUCAAGCUGUAUUUAACCUACAUCUAUAAAUCAGAAAAUGUACAUUCAUACCUUUUGAGGUACAGCAGUAAUUUUGCUGGAUGUGCAGGAAGUGGUGAUAUAGCAGCAACUUUGCACUAGCACAUAGCCGGUUGAGCAUUUGUCUGAACAUUGUGAGCAAGCAUAUUAACUGAUUGGCUGAUUUCUUUUGAUUUCCCAUGAUGACAAGCAAAGAGGCACUGUUUGAAGUUAGGCCUUGAAAAACAUCCACAGGUACACCUCCAAUUGACUCAAAGUAUGUCAAUUAGCCUAUCAGAAGCUUCUAAAGCCAUGAUAUCAUUUUCUGGAAUUUUCCAAGCUGUUUAAAGUCAACUUAGUAAACUUCUGACACACUGGAAUUGUGAUACAGUGAAUUAUAAGUGAAAUCAUUUGUCUGUAAACAAUUGUUGGAAAUAUUACUUGUCAUGCACAGUAGAUGUCUUAACCGACUUGCCAAAACUAUAGUUUGUUAACAAGAAAUGUGUGGAGUGGUUGAAAAACAAGUUUUAAUGACUCCAACAUAAGUGUAUGUGAACUUCUGAAUUCAACUGUACAUAUCUCCCUGGUAUAUUACAUCAUUAAUUCACCAGCAUACAAUACAUGUUUGGGCUCACCUUGUGCUGUGCUCACUUGAACAGUAAGGUGGCGAUUCGUGGGAAAAUUUUCUCAUCAAAGUCUGUCAUUCUCUGUAUUUAUGGUGCUUUCAAGACAACUGGGAACUCAAGAAAAAACAAGGUUGAAUCAUGACAUCAGUGAUCCUCAGUUCAGAGCUCUACAUCGAGGCCCCAGUUCCCAACUUGGAAUUCUGAGUUGGAUGGCCGUUCAAAACAUCUUUUCCCAGUCAGAGGUAGUUUUUUUCCUGGGUUCCUGGUUGUCUUGAACUCACUGAAGUCCUGAGAUUUCCCAGUUCUAAGUGUCCAGUUGUUUUGAACAUGGCAGAAGUCAUAUCCUUUUAAGCUUGAAAACGUGACCCUUAAACUCAGACUUUGACCACACACCCUCUCCACUGAAUAGCUGGCUAGUGAUUGCUUUGCAACAUUUGCAGUUAGCCACUGAUUCCUUCCAAACCACUCAUUGUUGAAUUUGCGAUUUCCAACUUGUUGUGUAAUGUAUAUGUCCAAUGGCGGAUGAGCACCGAUACAUUUUAUCUAUAAUUUCUGUUCAUAUGACAAGGAUUGAAAAGGAUUUGCCAGUAGAUUGUCGACGUGAUUCAUGAUGUUGACUGCUUGUCUAGCUUGCUAGCUAAGAUUUUGAAAGUAUGAUGUUGACAUGAUCAGUCAAAGCUACUGUAGGUAUAAUGUGAUUUGAAAUAAUUUUAUCUGUGGCCAAUGACCUUUGAACCUUUUUUGGAUGGGCGCUUCAAAUGUAACUCUAUGGCAGCACCGAAGGGGCUUGAAUUCUUUAGCUCUCCUCGUAGAUUUUGCGGUGACAUAGUGUCCCCAUGAGUGACAGAACACAGACAAUCACAGCUUAACUACAGAACAACAGCUACAUCCCGUAUUUUCCGGAAACAAGAGACCAUGUUUGUAUGCAGGUUUUUUUCAAUCAUUCUUUUUUUUUUACUUCAUUUUUUAAGCUUAACAGGUGGGCUCAAAACAGGUGGGGUUUUGCCCUGAAUAACAGGUUACUGGCUGGUGACAAUAAAACAGGGAUUGAAAUUGUUGAGGAGUUAGGUCUUUCUGGUUUCAUUCUACAAAAUGUCCCUUAGAGUGUAGUGUUGAGCUGAUAGGCCUGAUACGUACAGUAGAUGAAGUUUAUUUUUAAUUUUAUUUAUAGGCUAUACAAUUAAAGAUAGGCUACAUCAUUAUAAUCACAUAUGAUGAUGAUGACAAUAAUAGUACAUUAGAAUUCUUAAUGUUCCACAAUAGUAAAUAAAGAAUGUUUUAAUACA